AUGAUGUCCACCCCUUUGCCACGUCCUGGGAGUGGUGUGGAGCUUCGGAGGAUCGAGGACGCGGCGAGCCGGCAGGUGACCUUCUCGAAGCGGCGGAGCGGGCUGCUGAAGAAAGCUCGCGAGCUGUCCGUACUCUGCGAUGCCGAAAUCGCAGUCAUCGUCUUCUCCCAGCGAGGGAGGCUCUCCGAGUUCUCCAACCAUGACAUGCAGAAGACGAUAGCUCGGUACCAAAAGUAUGCAGGAGUUGAAGUUGAUAAGAGAGAUACCAAUUACUGCAUUCAGCAACUGAAGCAAGAAACCGCUUCUAUGGCCAAGAAGAUUGAGCAGCUUGAGGCCUCCAGAAGGAAGCUCUUAGGGGAGCAGUUGGGGUCGUGUUCCCCUCUCUCUCUCUCUCCAAUGGAGCCUCUAUAA